AUGGACAGUAACAGCAACACAUGCAAUAUUAAACGCGCCCUCGCCAGUCCUCCAGCCUCUAGAUCUCGAAUCCCCUUAUCAAAUAAAUCUAACAUCAGUGCUGCUCUUAUAAACCGACGCUCUCCCGAUACCCGAUGGGAACGCAAAGACUCGUCCGAGGGUCAACCUAGUCCUCACGGUUCAAUUUACGACGCUCCCUGGGUUCCCGAGAUAAACGACACCACCGUGUCUCCCUAUCAGACGCCAGCACCACCUCAAAUCCCAGACACAAUGAUGGCUAAACCCUCUACACCCCCACCCCAUCCUAUUCCUCUAAUGGAUAUAGAUCUAAAUUCAGAGUCUCCUCUAUCACGACUGGAAGCGUUUAACACACCCUUCUUGUACGGCCAUGGCACGGAGCUCGCUCCUAUCGCCGAACAGCGCAGCAUCGCGACGCUACGCACCGCGGUCGGUGGUAGCAGUAGCAUAUCAGCAUCUAAUGUCUCAUCACCAUUGAAAAUCGAGCCAUCUAGCACAAGUAGCAAAAACAGCAAAUGUGGCAGCACCAGUACCAGCAAAGACACACCACCAAGACCUCAACUUCGCCGACAGAAUUCCUUCAGCCUAGAUGAUAUGUUCUCUAUAACACCCACAAGCAGCACCGAUAAAUACCACACUCCUAUUAUAGGUAGUGGUAGUAGCAACAACAGACGCGGCGAAAAUUCUGAGCCCGCCACUAUUAGAAGUAGCAGCAGCCGGGGAAGUGCUAGCGGGAGUGACAGCGGGUUCGUUGGUAUCCCUCGCUUGCGAAACCUUUGUAAGCGCCACUCUCCGCCUACGAUCCAGACUGUGGAUAUCCAUGCCUACCCUCAGAAACCCGCGUACCCACCUCACCAGGCCCCUCCUACGCCGCUUAGAUUCGCGGAGUGGGUGGCUACACAUGAAGGCAGCCGUUCACAUACAUGUGCGUACCCGGCGCAGCAUCAUGGACACCGGCCAAGCUCGUCUAACCCUUUCGAGCAGCCAUUCCGAGGCGUGAGAAGUGGACACGGAAAUUUAGAAUCGCAUCCGUAUAUGCGGCGACACAGCAUUGGUAGUAGACCCGCAUCGGGAACAAUAGUCGGUACGCCCCAGGAAGCGGAAAUGUGCAUGUUACAGCCGGUUCAGGCCCCGUUGCCUAGAGACCACGGUAUAUACAGACCGGGCCACGACAUACAUUCCCCUGUCCAAUACGCACAAUACCAGCCGCUACAAGAAAACCCAGCAUGGAUGUGUAAGACUUGCAACCGACCUGUAAAUCAAAGAUGGAGUUUGCUCUCGACCCUUAUCGGUGGGGGGACGGGUUCCAGACGUGGAGAGGAAUGGUGUACGAGAUGUGCUUGGCGAAAGAUAAUGUAUACGUGGUGUUGUUGUGGGCAUUUCCCAGGUUAA